AUGUAUCCGCCUCCUUAUCCAGCUCAAUCCGGCUUCAAUCCCGGCCCCCCCGGCUAUGCGGGUGGAGGAUCGUAUCCAGCGUAUGCAAAUCAAGGAUACGGUGGUGGUGGAUAUCCUCCACAGGGAUAUCCACAACAAGGAUACUAUCAACAACCACAACCACAAGUUGUAAUGGUCGAACGACAGAAUAACUCGAGCAGCUCAAAUUGUUGUUGUAUGGCUUUGUUAGCCUGUUGUGCGGGUUGUUGUUUAGCGGAAAUGUGCGAUGGU